AUGAGGCAAUUCCAUUGCGGGAAAGGGGGUAAACAUCCCUUCAGGCCGUCGAUGGAAAUCUCAAGGCUUUCCACACCGCCAAAAUCCCCACCCUUCGCCAGCGCAGGUUCGGUUGGAUAUAUCCCCUUUGUCGCAUCUUACUGCACCUUCUCACGCGCUUGCAGGUUCAACGUUCGGCGCCAAUGGGUAUUCUAUUCACGACAUGACGUUAUUGCACGGAACUUGGCCUUGAGGUGUGUACCUUCCGACAGCCUACCGAAGGGCUCUGUAACUGAGAUAUCUAGUCUACACCGACACAUCAUCCUCGAGUUCGUCUCUCCAAGCGAGCCGCGAAGGUGGGCGCUCGCCUUUCCCAACCCCACAUUCAAGGCCCGCGAUAUCUUUGGAAGGGUCCACAUCUUGUUUGACGGCAACUUAUCACACUGCUUCUCCCGUGCAAGACCCUUCUCUAUGGACAGGAAGCAGUCUCGCGGGAAGGACAGGAAUGCAGUUGGAGAACGCCCAAGUGGCAUUGCCCUCUUGAUCUGA